AUGGCAAGCGAGACGACAGAGGUGGUUCCGCGCCAGCGCCCGACGCUCGAGUACCUGCGUGGGAAGCGGGAUGACCCAAACGACGAGGAGUACAAGGCCAUGCUCCGAGCUAAGUGGACGUGCCACGUCAUUCGCCUUAAGAUCCGCAUUUUGCGCGCCCGGGGAACCGUGACCGAGGCCACCCUCAUCACGCGCAUGGGCACGACCCGCAGCGCAUACGCUGACUUCAUGGCGCUCACCGAGCCAAUGGACGGCGCCGACAAUCCAACGUACGCCGGCGGUUUGCACUAUUUCUACCAGGCCGAGAAG